CGUUCUGUUUCACUGGCGCGUCGACGGCCGCGUGCGACAGCUCGCGCGCGAUCGCCUCGAUCGAGCCUCGCGGCUCGGUCGGCAGCCGGCCGACCGCCUCGAGCCAGUGAUCAUCUUCGGUGCGGUCGCGCACGAGGUACGAGACGGAACGAGGUUGAGCUGAAUUCGACAUAGUCUCAAUUGAUCUCGGUGGAUCCUGCGGAGAUCAUGCGCGUUUCGAGCCGCGAUAUAAACCGAACGCUCCGCUCGACCGGGAUCGAUACUGAUCGAUGGUGAUCACGGGCGGUCGAACGAGUGAAGAACUGACUUUUGCUGAGUGAUAGACGGGGAAUAACAAAGAAUCAAAGAAGACGUCGCGGAAGAGAACGGUGUUACAUUCCGAUAAAAUGUAUAUUUGAUUAACGAAAAAGAUAGGAAAAAGAAAAGAAGAAGGGAAGAAAGAGAAAGUAGGGAACCAUGAAAGCGUCUAGGAUCUUAACAAACGUUCUCGCGGUGCGACUCGAACACGAUUACACGCGAUAAAGGCCAACGAGGAAAAUGGUGUUCGACCCAGCGUACGAAGAGCAGAAGAAACAAUUCUUCAGACAAAGUUAUGGCGCCCAUUUACCCGGGUACACCGGACAUUGUCCAACACUCAAAUUUCGCGUUGGGAAAAGAUUCGGAGCGAGCACGGAAGAGAUAAUGAAGGAAUUGUUAGAAAAGAAAAUACUCAAGACUGGACCAUACAGACCAAACUCCGGUAGGGAAGUUCAAUUGUUGAGUCCACGAGACAAGGAAAUCAGAAAAGACUGGAGUAACGAGCCGAGACUCUACAAGGCACCUCCCUACAUCCUAGGAUAUACCGGAUAUAUUCCGGGCUUCAGCAGCAGGUACGGACUACCCUUCAUGAGAGCUGUGGAGGCCGGCGCCAAGGAAUGGCACGAGGCGCAAAUGAAGCUGCGAGCACGACGGGACGCGAUGAGGGCCCAUGCCGAGCGAACAGAUCCGAGAAAUCUCCUCUCCCGGGCGAGGGCGGACAAUGUGGACAUCGAAAUCGAUCAUGGUCAUGAUGAAGACAGAAGGACCUUCGAUUAUCAUGUCUCACCGGAAAGACCGCCGAUCGUCGGUUACACGGGCCACAUUCCGGGCGCAAGAGGAGAAGUCGCACUCUCAAAAAGGUAUGCUCAAGCUGCGAGAAAGGGAUUGGAACGCCUUCAAAGAGAACGUGAGGAAAGGCUGAGGGCUAAGGACAUGUCGACCGUGCAGAGGGUCCUCGACAAUGCAUAUCUCGACGAGACGGGACACACGCGCGCAUAAAAGUCUACUUAAUUCUGAUGGAUCUGAUUUUCACCAAUAUCUAAUCAACUGUAGUUGAAUUUCUUAUAAUAAGAAUGGGAAAUCCGCUGAAUAUGUGAGAAAGAGAUAAAUCUCCAAAUUGUUAGAUACUCUUUUUGGUUACCUUCGAAGUGUGACAAUCGAGAAAGAACUAAUCUAAUCUACACUUGACUCGAGAUUAUCGAUUUACUUAGACGACGAACGCGUGGAUCGUCAGAGACACAUCUGCGCCGCAUCCCCGAUGUCUUUGUCCAUGUAAAUGCAAAAAUAAAUCCAAGUGAUGUACGUAAGUUUUACUCAACAUGCUUUGAGCUUCCAAUGUUCAUCAGGAUUACGCACACACUCGCACCCGUGCUUUGUACUUAGCACAGAAGGAAUACGAAUUUUUGGAAAUAUUUCCACCGGGAAAUAUCUUCAAAGAAACCGAGAAAUAUUACCGAUGCAUGCUAGUUCCAUUUCGGACGAAAUGAACGAAGACAAUACACGUCCAAGUUUCAGAAUUUGCGAAAUGGAUCGUAGCCGAUGUAUAAACGGUCCGGACAAUAUUACACAACAUUCUUAUUAGCAGUCUUAUUUAUCGAGAUAUAACCAUGUGAUACUUGUCUGUAUAAAUAAAAAUUGAUUCGUCCUGCUUCAUAGAGUAAUCACAAUACAAGUGUAUAAAAUGGUAUAGUUUUUUUUAAUCGGUAAUAAAAUAGUUACGAAGAUAUAUAAACAGAAUAAAUAUUUGUAUUAUAUAUGAGUAAUACCUUAACAUAGGUCGGGUGUUGUGACAGUUUCUUCUUUACCGCA